CUGUCUCUCGUCAGAUUUUACUCCGGUUAUUUACAAAGAGGAUGUUUAGUCCGGGUGGGGGGGGAGGGAGGAUGUACCGGGUCAGUUGGUGGCUCUGAGACAGGCUGUGAGUGUGUCUUGGGGCCAAAUGGACUCACAGACUAAUAGCACAUCAGUUGUGGGCGAUGCCAGUCAGUCUGAAAGAGAAGCGAAGGGUCGGGCUGCAGUUCAUUAAAUAUCUGCGGGAAACAGAACAGCAGGAGAUCACCCUCAAGGACACCCUCAAAACCAUCUACAAUCUCGAAUUCAGAGUCAGAGACGAUGUUCUGAGCGUCAACUUCUCCAGCGUCAUUUAUGCUCUCAGAACCUCCAGACGAGCCUCGGUGUCAAACGGUCACAUUCACUUCAAGGCCCAGGGAUGGCGAGUGGUUUACACUAACCAGUACCGCACGGCAUGGCAGGAACCCACGGACACCUCGAGCCCCCAGCGCCUGGUCACCGGGCGGCCAGAGUCCGGCAAGAAGGCCCGAACCAGGCACAUCAUUCAAACCCUGAAGAACAAGGAUAAGAGGUUGCAGAUGGUUCGUGACCAGGGAGGGGUGCGGAUCUGGUCUGAUUGUGACGUGGGCGAAGGAAGAAUCCAGGCCUCAGUGUCUCUGAAUGAAGCCAAAUGUGUUGUUGUUCACAUAGACAAUGAGGGGAGUGAACCUGUCACUCUCCUGCGCUGUGAGCUUCUCCGCAGAAUCAAAGUCUUCUCUCUCAGCGAUUGCCAGGAUGUGACCAAAUCCAAACCCCAUGAGCUCUGUGCAGGAUUGAGCCAUGAAGUGGAGGUGACCUGUCAUAUCUCUCAAGCCGGCUUUUUCCCGGGGACGCUGGUCUUUGAGUUCCAAGGUUGUGAUUCGCAGCCGUUCCACAUUGUCCGCUUCCUGACCGCUCGCUUGGUCAGCGAUUUGGUGAACGAGCUGAAGCCCUCGUCCCCGUACAGACCUCACCAGCUGCCCAUCAAGCCACCAGUCACUGAAGAGGUGGAAGAGGGUGUCCGGCCAUGCAACUUCUCAAACUACCAACUGGAAAGAGAGAUCCCCCUGCCCGCCAGUAAAUACCUGCCAACACUCUUCAACCUCAUCAAAAGAGGGCUGAAAGCAACCGGCUUGGAUCCCAGAUUGAGUCAGGAGCAACAGAGGGUGAAAGCAUUGCUGGACUCGAAGUUGAGCUUCCAGAACUAUCCUGAGCGCUUCUCGCUGCUGCUGCACCUGGAGGAGAUGCAGAUGGAGACGGACAUCACCAAGUACAACAUGACCGACGCCAGCAUGCUCCGCGACCCCAGGAACCGUGAGCUCCUGGUCCUAGAGGUGCCGGGUGUGGCUGAGAACAGACCCUCUGUGCUGCGGGGAGACCACCUUCUGGUGACGAGGAGCGCAGACCGACACCUGCCCGUCGUCACCCGCUACAAGGGCUACGUCCACAGCGUGGAGCUCGAGCAGCUCAAACUGGGCUUCUCCCACAAACUGGUCAGCACAUUUAUAGACAACAUGAAGUUCAAUGUUUCCUUCACCUUUAACCGGUUUCCGUUACAAAUGCAACAUCGAGCCGUGAAACUGAGCCGUGAACACAAACUCCAGCACCUGCUCUUCCCCUCCUUCUCCCACGGAGUCUCCAUAAUUCCCCUGGACCAGAGCCUGAGGCUUCAUGAUCGAGCGCUGGAGGAGAACCCAGAGCAGUUUGACGCUAUUCGCUACAUACUCUCGGGGCUGUCGCGCCCGGCUCCGUACCUGAUCUUCGGGCCCCCGGGGACCGGCAAGACGGUCACGAUAGUGGAGGCCAUUAAGCAGGUGGUGGACCAUAUCCCCAACGCCCACAUCCUGGCCUGCGCCCCCUCCAACAGUGCCACCGACCUGCUGUGUCAGCGCCUCCUCAAACACCUUGAUAAGCAGAGCCUCUACCGUCUGAACGCCUUCUGCCGUGAGUGGAAACACAUCCCGACCGAUGUCCAGGAAUGCAGUAACUGGGACAGCGCUGAGCAGACCUUUGUGUAUCCGACCAAAGACUCACUGAGCAACUACCGUGUCAUCAUCACCACAUUGAUCACUGCUGGCAGACUAGCGUCGGCAAGGUUCCCGCGCGGACAUUUCUCUCACGUGUUUAUUGACGAGGCCGGACACGCGGUGGAGCCCGAGUGUGUCAUCGCUGUCGCAGGGCUGUUGGACCCAAUGGAUUUGGAGAGUAACAGAGAUGGGGGGCAGCUGGUCCUGGCCGGAGACCCCAAACAACUGGGCCCCAUCCUCCGCUCACCUAUCGCCAUCGAACACGGGCUGGACCUGUCGCUACUCGAGAGGCUGAUGAACAAGAAUUCUCUGUACCAAAGGGAUCCGGAUUCUGGCUACAACAAACAGUUUGUAACCAAACUGCUGCGGAACUACAGGUCACACCGGCACAUCCUGAAGUUGCCGAACGAGCUGUUCUACAACGAGGAGCUGCAGGAAUAUGCCAACGAGAUCAUCAGCAGUUCCUAUUGCCGCUGGGAGCAUUUAAUAACACCGGAUUUUCCCAUCAUCUUUUAUGGAGUUUCGGGAAAGGAGGAGCGAGAGGCGAACAGUCCGUCGUUCUUCAAUGUGGAGGAGAUCGAGGUGGUAUUGUUGUACCUCCAUAAACUCCUGACCAGCCAGGGCAAGAAGGGAAUUGCCCGGAUUUCACCCCGAGAGAUCGGAGUCAUCAGUCCCUACAGGAAGCAGGUUGAAAAAAUCAGGAGAGCAAUAAACGGUUUGGACAAACAGCUUAAGAGCAUGAAAGACAUUAAGGAGCUGAAGGUGGGAUCAGUGGAGGAAUUCCAGGGGCAGGAACGGAAGGUGAUUCUCAUUUCCACUGUGCGCAGCAGCUCGGAAUAUUUGCACGUGGACCAGGAAUUCUGUCUGGGUUUCCUCAAAAACCCAAAGCGGUUUAAUGUUGCACUGACCAGAGCCAAAUCCUUGCUAAUAGUUGUGGGAAAUCCUAGAAUCCUCAACAAGGAUUCCAACUGGAAUAAGUUCCUGAGUUUCUGUGUGAAUAAAUGCGGCUACACUGGGGCAGACUACGCUGAUGACGAGGCUGAGGAUGACGAGGCUGAGGAUGACGAGGCUGAGGAUGGUCUCGUUGAUGGUCUGGUUUCACUGAACCUGGGACCAACAGGGUUUUUUGGUGACGUCAGCUCUGUCCAACACCAAUUGGAGCCUGAGUGGAGAGGUGAAGUGUGACCUAAACCGGACUCUCAGAUCACACCUGGAGCCUUGAAGUAACUGUUCUCCUCAAUGUUCAAACCUAAAAACUCUUUAAAAGAAAAAGCUAUAUUAAGAUUUUUGAAAAGAAAAAAUUAACUCCUCUUAAUUGACCAAAGUAUCUUGUAAAAUGUUCAUUUCAGAAUUGUAAACUUUUAUACUAUUUUUCUGUGUUUCGACCCAAUUUGUAGUCUUUCGCCAUUUAUAGCUGCAGUAAUACACCACGGCUUUCUCUCUCUCGUGUGGAGAGAGGCUUGGAUUCAAACUCAAUAUCAUCAUUUUGUCAUUUUAUGAGGUGAAUAAAGUGAGAUCCCACGUGAAUCUACAUUAGCGAAAGUGCUUUAACGUGGGAUUCCUUUACACAGAGACCAAAGGGGGAAUCAUUCCAGGAACUACAAUUGACCUCAACCCAAUCUGUAAGAACUUUGCUCUAAAGUUAGAGUGCUUCUGAUUUCCUUAUCAAAGAAUCUAGUUACAAAUUCCUGCCUUCAGGACACCUGUGUUUGCUGGUUUUAUUCCUGUCUUAUUUAGUGAAUGUGCCUAAGUGCCCACUUCCUGUGGGACUAACUCUCCUGCCUGAACUUUGCUGUAAUUUGCACUUUGCCAACAAGAGGUGUGGGUUAUCCACACAGCACUGACUUUUCAGUCACUGGCACGUUUCCCAGUCAGCGGAGCUUACACUCUGGGUGUUCUUGCUCCUUGGUUGAAGACUAAAAUAAGCCAUCUUCAUUUCCAGAUCUUUCCAGCUUUUCACACAUCAGUUGCCAGAAUGGACUAAUUUGCACAUUGUGCUUUUGGUUUAUUGUUAUAAACAAGUGAAAGGGGGAAGUAGAGGUGCUCUUAAUUACACAUUUAUAACUGAUAAAUGACUGUCAUUUACAGACAUUUACACGUUUAGCACAACCUGCAAACUAGACGUGUGUGUGUGUAGCCUAACAUGGCUGCACAUUACAUUGCCUUCAAAAUCUCACUCCACCGUGGGCGCUAUCACUAUAUCCACCCAGCCCAUAAUGGUCUUAUAUGGGAAUAUGUGCAAUGUGAAAUGAAAUGCUUCUAGCUUUACUUUACUUCUAAAGUUACUGAUAUUGUGCUUUACUAUGUACAUUACCUCCAGGUGUUUAAUAAAUUAGGAAUAUUGUUACAAUACUCCUCAGUUUAUCACAA